AAUGAAAUUCUCAUUGUCCAUCAGACGGCGCAGAACGUUUUUGAAAGUAUUAAAGGUUAUAACAAAAAGUUACAAGAAGUAAAGGACCAUUAUUCUGUCGCUUUGCAAACAAGUCUAACAAUUCAUCGUGAUCGUCGCCGUUUUCUUCGCGGAACAUUACGGGAACUUUGCUUACUAAUCAAAGAUCAAAUAGGUCUUUUGGGCCCAAAAAUUUUGUUCGUUUGGAUGGCUCUUUCAUUUUCACGAGACGAAGUGUUGUGGCUGCUCAGGCAUAUCGAUAUUUGGCCAGUGAGUAGUGGUAAAAAGGCGAAACAUGCUGAUGAAGUGAUCGAUAAGUCAGUGGUCGUUUGUUUCGCUUUAAAAAACUGA